AUGUCACAUAGAAGGCUAAAUGUCGAGCUUACUUGCCUUCGUCUAAUCGAAGGUGUGUCUUCUAGCGCACUUGUGCCCUAUGCGGCAUCACUGGCUCAGCUCUGCAUCGCUUUGCUCACUUUCGAUGAGUCGGAUAUCCUCUCCAUGACUGUGGACUCCGAGGAAUCAGAAGGCGUACCCGUGGCACCUCCUUAUCUCUUCCAUUCCACAGACCCACCCGCUCGGUUAGAAUAUCUCCUUUCACUUCUCGCUCAUUGGCUAUCCCGAAGGAUACUUUUGUUGGCUUCCGAGCAACCUGACAACGAUUUUGAAAAGCUUCUGAAGGUCCUAUUCGGUCAAUUGAGGACUUGGUGUCGCAACGGUUUGAGUCUACCUUCUUUAGAUGCCAUCUCCUCGUGGAUACUGGGCGUCUCUAGCGAAAGUGUCACUCAUCAGUCUCCUCUUCUUUCUUCCUUCGCGUUGGCAUCUUCUCCAGUGGGCGUUCCUCAACCACCUAUUCCUCUAUCUUCAGCAGUAUCACAAGCACUCUCUUCUUUAUGGUCACCCUUGUGUCAAACGGAACUCACUUCGGACUGUGAGCUUACUCGUGAAAUCGUCAAGAAAAUCAAAGUCAGACUCAAUGAUCUCUGUCCGGAUUUGAAACGAGGGCAGAAACGACCGCUUGAGUCAAACUCUCCUGAAUUUCAGGCUAAGAGGGAUGAGUUUGCAAAUUCGUCCACUAUCGUCGAUGUCCAUUUCAGAGCUCUAGCUGAUGUUAUAAGUAAACUUGAAGCCAAUGCUAAUGCUCUCACUCCUUCUCAAAAGAGUCGUGGUUCAGCUCUUACUCGACGUCUUGAUGCUCUUUUUGAGACAAAUUAA